ACAUAUAGAUGGGUGGGCAAGUUUUAUUAGGGCAACUCAGCUAUGUCUUGAACCAGUUAUUUCUAGACAAGAACUUGAAGAAAUUUAUACACUUUUUAUUAGAUUCAUUCAUUAUUAUGAGAAUUUUUUAGCAACUGAAGAAGAAUUACAUUCAUCAUUUCAAGAGUACAAUAUGACAAAAGCAGAGGUUCGAAAGGUUAAGCAAUACUAUGCAACUGCAUUAGAUUUUACAAUGAAUGAUGUAGGC